CGCGUCCCCGCCGCCGGGAGGAGGUGCCCGCACGCUCGCGGCGCGCGCCGGGCCGCCAGACUCGGCCUGCGGGCGAUUUCCUCCGGACUCAGGCUCCCCGCUCGAGGAGGAAGAUGCAGACCUUUCUGAAAGGAAAGAGGGUUGGCUACUGGCUGAGCGAGAAGAAAAUCAAGAAGCUCAAUUUCCAGGCCUUCGCCGAGCUGUGCAGGAAGCGAGGGAUAGAAGUCGUACAGCUGAACCUGAGCCGGCCGAUUGAGGAGCAGGGCCCCCUGGAUGUCAUCAUCCACAAGCUGACCGAUGUCAUUCUCGAAGCUGACCAGAACGACAGCCAGUCCCUGGAGCUGGUGCACAGGUUCCAGGAAUACAUCGAUGCCCACCCAGAGACCAUCGUCCUGGACCCCCUCCCUGCCAUCAGGACCCUGCUCGACCGCUCCAAGUCCUAUGAGCUCAUCCGGAAGAUCGAGGCCUACAUGAAAGACGACAGGAUCUGCUCACCACCCUUCAUGGAGCUCACGAGCCUGUGUGGGGACGACACCAUGCAACUGCUGGAGAAGAACGGCCUGACUUUCCCAUUCAUUUGCAAAACUAGAGUGGCUCAUGGCACCAACUCUCACGAGAUGGCCAUCGUGUUCAACCAGGAGGGCCUGAAUGCCAUCCAGCCCCCCUGUGUGGUCCAGAAUUUCAUCAACCACAAUGCAGUCCUGUACAAGGUGUUUGUGGUUGGCGAGUCCUACACUGUGGUCCAGAGGCCCUCGCUCAAGAACUUCUCUGCGGGCAUGUCAGACCGUGAGUCCAUCUUCUUCAACAGCCACAACGUUUCGAAACCAGAGUCGUCAUCGGUCCUGACUGAGCUGGACAAGAUUGAGGGUGUGUUCGAGCGGCCGAGUGACGAGGUCAUCCGGGAGCUCUCCCGCGCUCUGCGGCAGGCGCUGGGUGUGUCACUCUUCGGGAUCGACAUCAUCAUCAACAACCAGACUGGGCAGCAUGCAGUUAUUGACAUCAACGCCUUCCCAGGCUAUGAGGGCGUGAGUGAGUUCUUCACAGACCUGCUGAACCACAUCGCUACCGCCCUGCAGGGCCAGAGCACAGCCAUGGCAGGCGCGGGGGACAUGGCCCCGCUGAGGCACAGCAAGCUCCUGGCAGAGCCGGCGGGCAGCCUGGCGGGUGAGCGGACGUGCAGUGCCAGUCCUGGCUGCUGCAGCAGCAUGAUGGGCCAGGACGCGCCCUGGAAGGCGGAGGCCGACGCAGGCGGCACUGCUAAGCUGCCGCACCAGAGACUUGGCUGCACCGCUGGUGUGUCGCCCAGCUUCCAGCAGCACUGUGUGGCCUCCCUGGCCACCAAGGCCUCCUCCCAGUAGCCACAGAGCCCAGGACCCAGAGGGGCGGCACAGAGCGCGGAGCACACCCACUGGGCAAGCAGCUCCCACGGUGGCACAACUACUAAGAAUUCCCGAUGAUCUGAUUCUUUCUUUUGUUAAUUUUUAACCUGAUUUUCUGAUGUCGUGAUCUAAAGGAAGGGUGGGGGAAGGUGCAAAAGAACACCAGGUGGUCUGGCCUUGCAGAAAAGGGCCAGCCCACCAGCUCCUGCAGUGCAGAUCUCCUCACUGAGCUCACACACUGCUGUGUUUUCAACACUAGGUCUGAAUGUGGGUGCGUGCGUGUGCACGUGUGUGGUUGCCAUGCACGUGUGUGCACAUCCAUGCCUGCUCGUCUCCAUGGCCGCUGUGGACCAGGCCUCUAGGCCUCUGGGCCUCUGGCGGGAGGCCCGCCCCUGGCCAGGCUGGACAGCGAGUGAAUGGACGGUUCCCCUCCUCCUCUCCAAGCCCCCCACGACCGGGCCUGACCCUUCCCGUUUCCCCAUGCUGGUCUUCUCAGAGGCUCUGUCAGGAGCGUGGCCUGAUGCCCUGCUCCUACUAGGCGUGAAGCUAGCCCCUCCCUCCCAGAAGCCAGAGGAGGUGAUGGGCCCCUUGGGGGUUCCAUGCUGGGGGUCUGGGCUGUGAUCCCGCUGCUCUCCGCUGACAGAAGUAAAAGGAAGCUUCGAGGGCAGAGGCCAAGACCUUGGUCGGCUGCCACUCUUCACACCCCCCUCUUGCAGUCCACCAGGCCCCUCCACACGUGUCCCAUUGAGCCCUGCAUUGGGGCCUCCUUCCCCCGACCCAGCACUGCCACUCCCUGGAGCCGAGAAAGGAGUUGCCUGGCUGGGAGCCCCACCUGUGCCAAGGAUUUGUGCUGUGACUUUGGACAAAUCAUUCCAAGAGUUUUCAGCCCUCUGUCUCCUUGUCUCUAGUGGGCAGUGAAGACCAGAGAACCCUGAAGGGCUGGCUUAAUGCUCAAACCCCUGGGGCAGCCUGCUUCUCUGUGAAGCUUCCCAGAUGAGGACAGGUGGGGGGCCUCCGCAUGGUUGCCCAUACGGUUCACACCUGCUGGGUCCCUCCUUACCCAACAGGCCCAAUCCACCUCUCCUGUGUUUAGGGAUAGCCCCAAGCACUAAGCCAGCCAGGUGCAAGGGAGCAGUCCCCUCCACCCCCCACCUUAGAAUCACCCCCAUCACGGCAGCAGGCAGACCAGGGCUGAUCCCGAGGCCUAGGCAGGCCAGCAGCCCCUCCACAAAGGGAGGGGGCAAGUAAGGAACUUUCUCAGUCCCCAGAAGAGGUGGGACACUGGGCAAGACACAUAGGCCUCCCUGAGUAUGAUUUUGUCUUAAGAUAUCAGUUCACUUUGAAAAAGGCUUCUGGGUGGUCCUCUUGUCCGGUGAGAUAGGACACUGGAGAGAGUGCAGAGCAACCCAAGAGGAGCCGCCCCAAGCAGAGCGCUCAGGAUACGUGCAGCCUGGCUGAGCAGGGGCGCCCCCUUCAGGAAAGGAGGAGCUGGGCCCGCGUGAGGGGCAGGAGUGUCGGAACUGCCCAGCUUUUUUGGAAACUGAGGGCCCGGUGACUAACUGCGUUUACAGGACUUGAGUGUUGAACCCUGAUUAAUGUCUGUAUGUCACCUUUCCUAGUUCUAACCCUGAGCCCCAGGGAAGCAGGAAAGUGUGGCCGGCCUCCUGCACUGCUUUGUCUCCAAAAUAAACUACUGAAAUCAAA